GGCAACCUGCAAUAUACGUUUUUUUGUCACACCGAAUUUAGGAUUUAACACACGAUUUCUUUUUUAAGCAUUUAAAAGUUCAGUUUUUUUUUCCCCGAAACAAUUCACAAUUUCAUCUGUCUUCACGCUUUCUUUUUUUGUUGCCUUUCGCAGAAGAAGAACCAUCCAAGGCACCAAUUCACGUGGCUCUUUUGUGUCGUUCACCACCUCCACCACUUCGUUCACACACAGACCUAUAUCACAUCUCUGUUUUCUGUAUUCGGCAAAGUUGUCCUUCCAAUUUUUGUUGUUGCUCUCCACACUGUCACAAAAAUAAGGAAAGAUGACGAACCAGACGCGCACCACCUUUUCCGCCAAGAAGGCGGCGGCGGAGCACCAAAAACGUGUCCUCGCGACGGCCGCCGAUGGCGAGGACGAGAAGCACAUUCUCGCCAGCCGUUACAAGACGAAGAUGUGCAAGAACUACAUCGCAAAGGGCGAGUGCCCGUACGAGGUGCGUUGCAUGUUUGCCCACGGUGAGCGGGAGCUGCGGUCGAGCGAGGAGAACAUCCGCGAUGGACUCGUGACCGAGGAGGCCAUCAAAUCGUUCCAGCGUCAGCAGAACCAGGCGAAGCGCCGAGCGACGUACGCCGCCGCACACGGGGCGGAAGCGCGCGCGGCGGCAACGGCGGUGUCGGCCCCGCAGCAGAUGUACGUGGACGGCGAAGAGAGCGAGGAGGUGUAUUACCACAACCACAACCACAACCAGCAGCAGCAACAACACGAGGAUGUUAGCACGCCGCACUUUAUUCCACGUGCGCAGUCGAUUCAGCACCCCACCGGUUUCUACACGCACAACCCCUACGCCUUCAACAUCAUCCCCACUCAAGCGCGCGAGUUCGCGGCGUACGAGGAGACGCCGGAGGAGACGUACUGGUACGAGGAGCCGGUGCCGACGAUGGCGGCCGUCGUGGAGGACUACUACUUCCCAUCUUCGGAUAUGAUGGCCCCGCUGGUUCCGAACUCUGUCGCACAGCGGCAGCAGCAGCAGCAGCAGUACAACAGCGCCAACAAGAUGCACGAAUCCGUCACCGCAGGCAGCUUCAGCGAGGAGGCGGCGUAUUGCCAGAGCGGGUCUACGGACUACUCUGCCUACGCGCCCAAGGCGCACUGUACCGCGGCUGAGAUGCCGAACUACUCGGACGAGGUGCCGAUGGUGCUGGAGCCUUAA